AUGCCUCCCCUUCUUCCAGUUUUGCCCGUCAUUCCUUUCCCUGCGCCAGGACUAGAACCUACCGUACCACCAUUUCCAAUCACGCUCCCUACGCCACUUCCGGGAGUGCCUCCAAUUGCGCCGUUCCCACCGGUGCCCCCAGUGGAGCCAGCACCCGGCCAACCCCCUGUGCUACCCGAGCCAGUACUGCCUAUCAUCCUCCCUUAUCUUAUCCCUUCUCCAUCACCUCUCGAGCUCCUCAGCGGUCGCGGAACUUUCAAUUUCUCCGGCCUGCCAAGCCUGGGUGAGAUACCAGAACUUAGAGGUCUACCUAACUUGAGAGAGCUUCCGGACUUCCCUGGUCUGGGGCAGCUUCCCCACCUCCCUAGUCUCGGAGAGUUGCCGCAGCUCCCUCAACUUCCUGGUCUCGGUGAGCUGCCCCAGCUUCCUCAACUUCCUGGACUCCCCAAUCUUCCGCGGAUCCCUGGCUUAGCAGACCGUCCGCGAAUUCCGGGUAUUGGUGAACUUCCACAAAUUCCAGGUCUGGGCGACUAUAUUAGGCCCCCUCCCGCUACGUCACCCAAUGUGAAUGCCUUCGGGAAUUUCACGGGCAUCGAAUUGCCCGGGCUUCCGAGCCUGACAGAGCUGUUGCGGGAACCCGCGAACAUCGACCGCAUUCAGAAAACCAUUCAGGAGGCACUUAGACAAGUUGCAGCGGACCCACUCAACCUUGAGCGACUUCGACAAAGUUUCCAAGAUCUGUUGGGUCUCAUAGCGCCACAAGAAAUGUUCCAGUUGCAACAGCACGCCAUGGCAAAGAAACAGAUAGAAGUGUUCGAGGUCAAGUUAUCCGCCAAAGACAUCUUGGACUCAACUGAAAGAGUGGCCGAAAAACUGGCUGCGGCGAAAGCUGUUAAGAUGGAUGACGCGUCCAUCGCGAAUAUUGGAUCACUUGGGGACAUCCCCGAAAUACGCGCGCUAGACGAGUCCUUUCAACGACUUCGGACCGUCCUUGAACAACUCUUGGCCCCUCUAACGCAGCUACUCGCCGGCCUGGACCUGCCCAGACUACCGUCGGUGGCUUGA